AUGGGCGGCGCCGCUGAUUGCGGGGGCGGUAGCAAUGGCAGCUUCCAUCGGCGUACUGGUGGCGGGGGGUUGAGAAGGUUGGAGGCACACCGCAGCAGCACUUUCGCUGCAGAAACCAAGGCAAGCGGCGGCGGCGGCGGCGGCGGCAGGCUUGGCACUAGACUCAACAGACCUAGAAGUGGCGGGCGUGGGAGGCACGGGGGCAAGGGCGGCGGCGGCGGCGGGAGGGGUUCCAACGCUCCCAACGGGGGAAGGAAAGAGAGAGCCGUCAAGUCCACCCCAGAGGGAGCGAGCUGGAGAGACUCGGAUCUCGACGGCAAGAGCCGAUCGUUCCUGUUCGUCAAGGAGAUCAAGGCAAUCCCCAAGUGGAACGGCGAGAGGGUGAUGAACGUGCUGAAGGAGGCGCAGCGGCUCAGCGAGGCUGCCGCCGCCGCCGCUCCCGGCGACGGCGGGGGUGCCGCUGACGCGAGGAGAGGCCUGGAGAUGACCUCGUUCAUGUACAACGCGUGCAUCAGCCACAUGUCCUCGUGCGGCCGGUGGCAGCAGGCGCUCGAGAUUCUGGAGUUAAUGAGGGCGGCGGAUUUCCCCCCGGACGAGUUUUGCGUGACCGCCGCGAUAACGGCGUGCGGGAGGGCGGGGCAGUGGCAGAAGUCCCUCGAUCUGCUUGACGGCUUGCGCGCGGACGGCGGGAGGACCACGCUGCGGCUGAUGAACGCGGUUGUCGACGCGUGCCGCAAGGGCAGGCAGUGGGAGAAGGCCCUCGAGAAGCUGUCGGAGAUGAAGGGGUUCGGGGUUGUCCCCGACGACUUCACGUACACCGCCGCCAUCGCUGCUUGCCGACAGGGGCGCCAAUGGGACAAGGCCCUGGAGCUGUUCCGCGAGAUGCCCGAGGCGGGCGUGAUAGUCACCUCCAUCCACUACAACGUGGCCAUCGCGAUCUGCGGGGAGGCGAAGCAGCCGGAGAGGGCGUUCGAGAUGUUCCGAGAGAUGCAGGGGGCUGGCGACGGCACCAGGUAUGAAAUCGACAGAGUCAGCUAUAACACCGCCAUCAUUGCCUGCGGGGAGGGCGGCAGCUGGGACCUCGCCUUCAAGCUCUUCCGGGACAUGACUCACCCUCCCCCCCCUCCCACUGCGGCGGAGGCGGGGGGAGACGCGGCGGCGGCGGCGGCGGCGGCGAGGAGGAUGGGGGGGGGGCGCGUAACGGCCGACAUGAUCGCGUACAACACCAUCAUUGACGUGUGCAAGAAGUGCGGGCCAUGGGAGGAGGCGGUGAAGCUCUUGCGAGAGAUGUCCACCCCCGGGAAUGGCGGCGGCGGCAGCGGCAGCGGAGGCGUUAUCAUCCCGAACGUGGUGACGUACACGUCGGCUAUCGUGGCGUGCGGCAGGAGCGGGCACUGGGACGAGGCGCUCGAGCUUUUUAGGGAGAUGAAGACGGUCGGCAUUCAGCCGGACGCGAUCAGCUACAACACGGCCAUCUCCGUGUCGGGGGAGGCCGGGCGGUGGCGGGACGGGCUGGCCCUGCUGGAGGAGAUGCCCGGCGAGGGCAUCAAGCCCGACCACACGACCUACAGCACCGCGAUCCUGCUCUGCGGUCGGUGCGGGCAGCUCGAGGCGGGCCUGGACGUCCUCCGAACUACCAUGCCGUCCCACGGCGCGACCCCGAACGUGCUCAACUACAGCGCGGCGAGCGUCAUCUGCGCGGUGAGCAAGGAGUGGGGAAAGGUCCGCGGCGUGGUGGAGGAGAUGGCCGUGGAGAGGGGGCUGUCGCCUAACGCGGCCUGCCUCACGGACCUGGUGGUGGUGGGCGUCAAGACCGGGCAGUGGGAGGACCUCCUUGAGACGCUGGAGAAGCUCGAGGAGGGCGGCAUCCUGCCCAAGGACCCCGAGAUCGGCCAGGCUGCGGUCACCGCCGCGAGGACGUGCGGGAAGGAUCAAGCGGAGCAACUCAGGCUGGCGGAGAUCUUCACCCGCACGAGACACCAGAACUGA